AUGAUAUCCAUUCUGGCCCCGCGAAGCCUUCGACCGGCCUGGAUUGUAAUCACUGCGAUUGCGGCGGCAGCAGUACUCUCUUUAUUCCUCUUAUACACACCCCGACUACAGACCACUACCUCGAGAGUAGUAGCGCCCGAUCCCGUAAACCAUAUUGUGACUGACCCAAGCUAUGUGGAUAAUAGCACCACGGAAAAUGUCAGCCCCGUCAUUGCUGAUGGCGGUUUGAUCGACCAUCUUGCGCAAUACUUUAUUGACUAUCCGCUCCAACCACCAUACAAAGAGCAGUUCGGCGAGUUGGGCCAGCGAAGUCGAGUCUUGCGCGACUGGAUGACGCUAGCUGAUCAGUCACCAGAGUCCACGACCAGGGAUUUGUUGUUGAACGCUGCGGAGAAGGUUGCCGUCUCUUUAUACCCCUUUCUCGAUAAGUCUAAGGGGCAAAAUACCACUCAUAAACCUGUAGCGGAUCUCCGGGCGUCCUUUGAGCCAGGCUCAGCCGGUGUGGUCAUCCCGACCAGCAAUAAAACUCUCCGCUUCGCGGCCCACCUCAUUGGUACUCUGCGCUCGGUUCUAAAUUCAACUCUACCGAUUCAAAUCGUCUAUGCCGGUGAUGAGGAUCUCGGCUCGGAUGACAGGGCGCUUUUAUCAAAGGUUGUGGAGUCGGGCCCUCCACUCGAGUUUCUCGACAUUCUUACCGUCUUCGACGACUCAACAAUCCAGCUGCAGACGGGUGGUUGGGCCAUUAAGGUCUUUGCAGCCUUGGGCUCGCGCUUUGAACGAGUUAUUUUAGCCGACGCCGACGCCGUGUUUUUCCAGCCCCCAGAAGUCCUGCUUGACCAUGAGGCAUUUAUUCGCACCGGGGCUCUAUUGUUCCACGACCGACUCCUCUGGAAAGAUGUGUUUCCUGAGCGCAACGAGUGGUACAGGAGUCAAAUUCGGCAACCAAGUGCGGCGUUAGAUAAGUCCCUCGUCUGGACGCAGAAUUAUGCCGAAGAGGGCGAUUCCGGCCUAGUCGUCCUCGAUAAGAGCCGGAAUGAUAUUUUAGUCGGACUGUUCCAUAUUUGCUGGCAGAAUUCGCAUGAUGUGCGCGAGGAGGUUACAUAUAAGAUAACCUAUGGAGACAAGGAGACAUGGUGGCUUGGACUUGAGCUGACAGGUGCUUCUUAUGAGUUCUCGGGACACUACGGCGGGAUCGUUGGCUGGGACCAGGUGGAUAGUAGGGGCAGGCACAAGGUGUGCAGCUUCGUCAUUGCUCAUGUUGAUGCAAAGGAUAAACUCCUGUGGUAUAAUGGGAGUUUGCUGAAGAACAAGGGGAAAAGUAGUAUGACGAAUGAGUAUGAAGUCCCCACACACUGGAUGAUUGAUGCCGAAUGGGAAAAGGGUGCUCGUAAACAGGAUAUGAGCUGUAUGAAGGGAGGUGAAGUGAGGAACAUGACUCACUAUGAGUUCUCCAUUAUGGAACGAUCAAUCCAGUUGGCUAGAAGUCUCGAUGCUAUGAUAUACCCUGUGUCAAACGGAACCGAAAAGACAUGA